UCGGCCUCCGGCCUCUCCGCCCCCACCCCCGCCCCCUGGCCAGGGCCGCGCGGCGGCGGCGGCGGCCAGAGGAGCAGCAUGAAUCUGCGGCUCUGCGUGCAGGCGCUCCUGCUGCUCUGGCUCUCCCUGAGCGCGGUGUGUGGAGGGCCCCUGCUGCAGACUUCUGACGGGAAGGGGAUGGAGGAAGGCACCGUCCGCCACCUGGUGCAGCCCAGAGGGCCGAGGAGCGGCCCAGGGCCCUGGCAGGGAGGUCGGAGGAAGUUCCGCCGCCAGCGGCCGCGCCUCUCCCAUAAGGGCCCCAUGCCUUUCUGAAGCAGGUCGGCCUGCUUCUCUGGAGCCCUCGCAUCCCUUCGCCUCAUCUGGCCCCUGUUCUAGCGGCUGACGGCCCCGGCUCUUCUCCCCCACCAGCCUCCCAGAAUGGAUUGGCGUGCUCCAGCCCCUGCAAGGAUCCGUUCAGUCCCCCUUCCUGACUUGGGAGGCCCUGCACGGGAAGGCCGUCCUUCCUCUCCCCAGCCCUACCUCUUCUGUCUAAUACCCUAACAUCUAACCCUUCUCUCGGCCCUUCCUGCCUCAGGUAUGCCCUGGGGGCGGGGUGGAACCCGCCCUUCUUUAAUGGGCUCCAGCAGAUUCCACGUUUUCGCAUCAGCACUUCUCCCCGGGCCUCCAGAGGGGCACGGAGAGCGAGCAAUAAGAGACCCUGGUGAGAUGGACCGGGUCCCUCUGGGAUGCCCACAGGGUGCCUUGGGGGCAGGGGAACGGGGGCUUGGCGAUCUGGUGAAGGGGGAGUGAAGCAUUGGAGGAGAGGAGGAAUAGCUACUGUGGCCUCUUCCUCAUCCCCAUGUUUGGCCCGGUUAAGGAAGAGGUGAAGGAGAGGGGCCCUGGAGUACUUUGCCCCUUCUCGCGCUUCACUGUGCCGCCUAACAGUCCCUCCCACUCCCUCCCGCCCCCCGCCCCCC